AUUCAAUUCAAUUCAAUUCAAACCAAAUGGUCAAAGCUCCCGUUGCCAUGUGGAAUAUGAAGACAAGAAUGUGACUACUGAGAACGCUUCUAUCAAAAUAAAUGAUCUCAUUUCUGGAGAUCAAUACAAAGUGUUUGCAAUUUCAGCUGAUAAUGUGACCGAGGGGAGAUCGAAUCAGAUUUCACUGUACACCAGUAAGACCUUUGCUUAGAUGAAUAAUUUGAACAAGGAUGAACAAUCUUCUGAAAAUUCAGCCUUUUGCUUGCUUUUAGCAGAAAACUGUAUAGAUAUUUUCACAAACUCACUGCUUAAAAGUUCCUUAAAUUUUCCUAACAUUUAUUUCAAUCAUAACAACUGUUUCUUUAUUGGGAACAUUUAAUAAUUUACCAUAUUCUCAUGUUAUACCAUAUUCUCAUCUCAGAUUUCUCUGGGAACAACACUGGGCCUAAUAUUUGGCUGAUUGUUGGCAUAGUUGUGGCAGUGAUCUGUUUUCUCUUCAUCAUCUCUCUUAUUUUAAUCUAUUCAAGAAGUCAAAAAAAGAAACAAUGCCCCGACUUCCCUUUACACAUUAUUAGUAAGAUUGCUUCGAGAAUAGAAGAUUAUGAAGAUUACUUUAUUAGGAAUCAUGCAGAUUCCAACUGUGGUUUUGCUAAAGAGUAUGAGGAAUUGAAAUCUGUUGGAACGGCACAGUCAAAGAAAGAUGCCCUGGCUUUUGAAAACAAGAUGAAGAACCGUUACACUAAUGUGUUACCAUACGAUGCUUCAAGAGUGAAAUUAUCAAUGUGUGGCAACCCCUUUGAUGACUACAUCAAUGCCAGCUAUAUCCCAGGCUACAAGUCAAGAGAAGAGUUUAUAGCUGCUCAGGGUCCACUGUCCAUCACAAUAAAUGAAUUCUGGAGAAUGAUCUGGGAGAAGAACGUCUACACCAUAGUGAUGCUGACCAAAUGCAACGAGCAGGGAGAAGUUAAAUGUGAGAAGUACUGGCCAUCUGGGACAAAUCAUUAUCAUUACAUCUCAGUGACGACCACCUCAGAGACAGCACUGGAGAGCUGGACCAUAAGAGACUUCGGAAUAAAAAAUGAGAAGACAGAAGAAACUCGUAAUGUACGCCAGUUCCACUUCACAGCGUGGCCGGAUAAUGGAGUUCCACAGACUACUGAAGUCCUCAUUUAUUUCAGGCAGCUGGUGAGAAAACACAUGGACCAGUACUCACGCCACUCUCCUACUGUGGUGCAUUGCAGUUCUGGUGUGGGAAGAACAGGGGCUUUCAUUGCCAUUGACCACCUGAUCAUCCAGAUUGAAAGAGACAGUAUGGUGGACAUCUAUGGAAUCGUUACUGACAUGCACAUGCACAGGCCUCUCAUGGUGCAGACUGAGGAGCAGUAUGUUUACCUCCACCAGUGUGCGUAUGACAUCAUUCGAUCAAGAACUGGAACCAAAGAGGACUUAAUAUACCAGAACACAGCAGCACCCCCGAUCUAUGAGAAUGCAAAUAAUCUUAAACAGUAAAUGCAGAUGGUCUUAAAAUGACCCUCAUCAAACUAUCAAAGAAAUUAAAGUUUAUAUAAAGUGCAUUUUAAACUGGAUUUUAAAAUAAUGAAAUACACUCUUUACACAUAU